UCAGGAAAGCAAAGCCCGUAGGACGACACGUGGCUUUUCGGUCCCCACACCCUCUUGGCGAAUGAAACCCUUGACGCGCCAGGGGAAGAGAAAAAUCCGCGAGGAGAACAUCGCCGGUGGCGUCCAUGGCGAUCUCAUCCGUCAGGGGCGCGACUAGCGCCGGCUUCCCCCUGCUUUUCAACUACUCUCGGGUCCUCGGUUCUCCCUCGAUUGCCUUCUUCGUUGCCUGCCUUCCAUUUGUUUGUUUCCGACCUGCGAUGACACGCUCAGUACGGUUGAGGAAUUUCAAUCGCCCAUCGAGAAGAACCUUGGUGUUGGCUAGGUAUUCGCAGGCUAGUGAUAUAUCCACACGAUUCCAAGAUAGCAUGGAAAAAUUGCCCAAGCUAGUUGAAGACAUCAUUCAAACAUCAAUUAACACAGGGCCUAGAGGCGCAUUAAGACUGGCGCAAGGCAUUCAAGCUGUUGUUGGGGUCGGAGGGGAGUGGCUUACUGAUUUAUCCAAGGCAACAAAUGCGUCAUCGGCCUUGCCACCUAACAUGCAGCUCGGAUUACUUUCACCUCUUUACCUGAGGAAGCUAUUUGAACGCCUGGGAGCAACAUAUAUCAAGUUGGGACAGUUCAUUGCAUCUGCUCCAACACUGUUUCCUACAGAGUAUGUUCAGGAGUUUCAGAACUGUUUUGAUCGGGCCCCUGCAAUUCCUUUCAAUGAGAUUGAAGCAAUAUUGCGCGAGGAGCUGCAGAGACCACUAGAUAGCAUCUAUGAGUAUAUUGAUCCUGUUCCAGUAGCCUCAGCUUCUAUAGCUCAGGUUCAUGGUGCCCGGCUAAAAAAUUCACAGCAGGAAGUUGUGAUAAAGGUUUUAAAGCCUGGCAUCGAAGAUAUAUUAGUUGCAGAUCUGAAUUUUGUUUAUAUUGUUGCUCGGAUCUUGGAGUUCCUAAACCCAGAACUUCGUCGGACAUCACUGGUAGGAAUCGUGAGAGAUAUAAAGGACUCGAUGCUUGAAGAAGUUGACUUCCAAAAAGAAGCUACUAAUAUUGAAUCUUUCAGGAGAUAUUUAGAAAACAUGGGACUUGAGAGGCAGGCCAAGGCUCCCAUUGUUUAUCGGCAUUGUAGCUCACGCCGUGUGUUGACAAUGGAGAGACUUUAUGGGGUUCCUCUCACUGACCUUGAUUCUAUAAGAUCUCUUGUUCCAGAUCCUGAACUGACUUUAGUUACUGCACUGAAUGUCUGGUUUGGAAGCUUGAUUGCAUGUGACAACUUCCAUGCAGAUGUGCAUGCAGGAAAUUUGUGGUUGCUUCGUGAUGGUCGAAUUGGUUUUCUUGAUUUUGGAAUUGUGGGGCGUAUAUCUCCAAAGACGUGGGCAGCCAUGGAGGCCUUUUUGGCAUCCUUUGCAAAUGAAGAUUAUGAAUCUAUGGCUACUUCGUUAAUUGAAAUGGGCGCUACAGAGAAAAAUGUAGAUGUUAGUGCCUUUGCAAGAGACUUGGAGAAAAUAUUUUCUUCCAUACAGGAUCUAGAUACCGAAGUUGUUGUUGCAACUGCAAGAACGCCUGAUGCAUCUGCAGCUGCUAUUUCUGCGAAUGUGAUUGUUGAUGAGAGGCAGAUGAACGCAUUGUUCCUCGAUGUGGUAAGAGUAAGCGAGUCAUACGGGCUGAAAUUUCCUCGUGAAUUUGCACUUCUCAUGAAGCAACUGUUGUACUUUGAUCGUUACACCCGAUUGCUUGCGCCCAACAUGAACAUGCUUCAGGACCAGAGGAUAACUAUAGUCUCCAACCGGCGAAUGCGAAGAAGCAUGGGGGAGUAUUCUAGUUCUGGUCUGUAGACUCGAUACAAACUGGAUAAGCAAUUACUAGGUAUUUCAUCAUCGCAAACACAACAAAAGCAUUUACAUGUAUCUAAAUUUAUAUUUUUCUAGUUUUCGAUUUAGUAGAUCAAA